CUGCAAGUAUCACUGGUAAACAGAGGACCAGCCAACUUUGCAGAUACCAGACUUGCCGACAUGGAAGAGAAACUGUUUGGGCAGACUCUGCCAACUGAAUCUGCCCGUGGGGAUGCAAUUAUAGAUAUGGACUCGGACAAGUCUGUGCUCAUCCUCAUCGAACACUGCCGGGACAUGAAGCAACAGGAAACGCGUCUCAGACUCAUCACACUGCUCUUGCUGCUCAGCUGUAUGGCACUGUUCAUUUUUACCAUCUGUGCUGUUUUAUGGCAACAUGGAAACUCUGGAUCCAACGGACAAGAAUGCGCAGUAAAGCCAAGUCCAGCCUAUUCAAAGCAACAGAGCAUUUGCCCUACAGCUAAUCCUCAAACAAACAUCCAAAAACUGCACGUUGAUCUCACGUCUGUACCUGUGGACAACAAGCCUGAUGGAGUAUACUUGAAAUGGCAUGAUAAUUUUGGUGGACAACACAUCAAAGAGGAAACUGCCAUUGUGAUUCCUGAAGACGGUUUCUAUUUUGUCUAUGUGAGGAUUGCAUUAAACUGCAAUGAGGGAGACAGGUUCUACGCAGAGCUGCGCAACUGGAGUGACAGUUACCCCGUGGAUAGAACCGAGAUGGAGGCCUGGGAUGGAUGCACUUCAAAAGGGGAAAAUAGUGUGUUCAUGGGGCAGCUUUUGAAGUUGUCUAAAGGGGAUAAUUUGAGCAUGUGGAUCGGACAGGGCUACGAACUGAUCUCCACAUCAUCAUUUGGUGCUUAUCUCACAUAGAGAAUAUGCAUCUUUGGUGUAUGGGUCCAGUGUCUCAGUCUCAAUAAUCUAUUUUUAAAAUAUUUUUUCAUUAAAAACAAAUUUGGGGUUAUUUAUCAACACUCAUUUCUGUGCUUUGCUAUUUUACAGCACUUCGGGUUCAGACUUAAAGAAGAUCUAUUGAGGUUUUUUGAACAAAAAGUAUGAAUUUAAUGGUUAGCAUAAUAGUGAGUGCCUGUUUUUUUAAGCCCCCCCUUCUGAAAAAGCCCAAUCUGCUCCAAUUGGUCAGCAGUUGCGGGUCUUCCACAUCUAUGCUCUCCUUGUCUGUGUCUGGUCCAUCAAUGCUGCCAGCUGACUACAUUUACUUGCACAUAAUAUUGCAGUUUUUGCCCUUAUUACGAAAAAGACGAUAUUCCGACUAAGCUGUUGGCUAAUGAAUGUGAAAAUUCCACUAAUAUUCCCGUUUACACGGAUCCUUUCAAAAUACGAUUUUUUUCAGAGUUUACCAGCGGUGGCGGACUUGUUGGACCGUGUGACCACAGCCUCGCCCUCUUUCAUUCCUUCAAAAAGCUUCUUGAAAAGGUCGGGGUAGCGAUGUUUGUGCAUAUCUGAAAACCUGUAGAUAAUGUGUCUGUCUUUGAUAAUGUUUAAAAGUAGUUAGUGUUUCUCCUUCUUAUCGGGUCCGCAGCCUUGGGGGCUGGUUGGUUUGUUUACGCCAGCAAGUUUUUUUUUAUUAGCUAGAGGUAUUUAUAAUAAAAAUUAUUGCUAACAAGGGUCUAAUAAAGAGAACUGUCAAUUUGUCAGUUCACUCAAAUUACAAAUACAUUAUUUACCCACUUACCCCCAGUGGUAUGUUUUAGAGUUUUGUUUUUAUUAGAUUGUUGUUUUUUAAAAAAAAAGAAGAUUUUACUGCCCCCUCCCAACAGAGCUCAACAGUGACCGCCCACUUUUUUAACGGCUCUGGUUCCAGAUGUGUUUUUCCCCAUUCAAUUGUUUCAUUGACAUUUUGAAUAUUGCUUAUAUAAAGAGUUUGAAUUCUGAAACCAAGCCAACCAGCUAUGAAAUGAAUAGUGAGCAUAACACAUUUGAUUCGGCGCAAAAAAACAUUUUGAAAACGGCGAAAAGGGAAAGGUAAGAAGACCGCGUACAGAAACUAUCAUAGACUUCAAUGGCGGAAGCUUGCGUCGCUCUAUCCGCUCGCGGUUUCGCGGUACGGUAAACAUUUCUAUGGUAACAGCGAGUUGGACCAAUCAGAAACGUUGUUACACUUAGGAUUUUGGGUACUGUAGUUUUUCUCAAGGGGGUAAGCUUCGCUUCAGAACUCGAACCUCCGAUGGCGCCAUUUUGGUGCUACAA